GCCGAUAAAAAACUAAAGCUUCGUCUAAUUCCUCAGCUGACAUUCACUCCCUUUCAUCUCCUCUCCCUUAGUCUACAAUCUAUCUUUCCUCUACUUUCUACACUCAAGGAAGAUCGUACUACAAACCAGCACAUCGAACCAUGGCAACCCGCAUCCAGUUCGAAAACAGCAGUGACAUCGGAGUGUUCUCCAAAUUAACAAACAGCUACUGCCUAGCUGCAAUCCAAGGCAGCACCAACUUUUAUUCAGCUUUCGAAGCUGAACUAGGAGAUGUUAUUCCGAUCGUGCAUACCAGUAUCGGUGGGACAAGGAUCAUCGGUAGAUUAACUGCUGGCAACCGCCAUGGGCUCCUAGUCCCAUCAACAACCACCGAUCAGGAACUCCAACACCUUCGAAACGCUUUACCGGACGCAAUCGCAAUACAACGUGUAGAAGAGCGAUUAUCAGCUCUUGGAAACGUGAUUGCAUGUAAUGACUACGUUGCUCUCGUCCACCCAGACGUCGAUCGAGAAACCGAAGAAAUUAUAGCGGAUGUGUUAAAAGUCGAAGUGUUUCGACAGACCGUAGCGGAUAACGUGUUGGUGGGCAGCUAUUGCGCGAUUACGAAUCAGGGUGGGCUCGUACAUCCAAAGACGAGUAUACAGGAUCAGGAUGAGUUGAGUAGUUUGUUACAGGUGCCGCUUGUUGCUGGCACCGUUAACCGUGGUUCAGAUGUGAUUGGAGCUGGUUUAGUUGUCAACGAUUGGUGUGCGUUUACCGGUCUAGAAACGACUGCCACGGAGAUCAGUGUGAUAGAGGCUACUUUCAAAUUACAAGGACAAGAUUCGUCGGCAGUCAUCGGAGAGAUGCGCGAUUCUCUUAUCGACAACUGGGCGUAGAUUACAUAGCACACCUCCAACCACCAAAACCCGUCUAUCAACGAUGAACAUCAGGGAAAGAGAUAUAAAAAGGAAGAAAUGCUACAUCGUUAUUUCGGUGUUCCCGUCUCCAAAGUUUAUACCAUCUGUCAGAAAUGGGAUUCCGGAACCGAAAUGAUAACAGACUGUUCCCGAGGGAGAGAAAGCUGCUGUACUUAACGGCAAACCGAGGACCAACUCCCGUUCUUGUCGGCGGAAGCUCAUACGGCGGCAAAAAAACAACACUCAUGGCCUUCCCGUAGCCAUUCAUGCCUAUGCGUUUCUGCUAUUCCGAGUCCUGUGUUCUGCAACACUGCCA